GUCAGUGAGUUCUGCGAGUCGGUGAUCGGAGGAAGUCGGGCGCGAGGCUGACCGUCGCGAUCCUAAUCAGUUAUCAGUGCACAGUCGUCGAAGAAGAACCGACCAAUUCGGUGGUGACAAUCGCUCGCAUGCUUGAAAAACGUUGCUCCUCGACGUCCUUCGCUUCAUCAUCCUAAUCGGGACCGAUCGAAUUUUGUCGCUGGAACAAGGGAGACGAUAAUCGCGAGACAUGAAGAUAUUUGCGAUUUUGAUAUUGCUAUGGUCGCACUUCCAGAGCAUUGUGUGCAGAUAUAUGUUUCCGAUAAUUCACAUGUUCAAACCGCCUCCAUUACCACCGAUCACCAAUUCGUUAUUGAAACAGAGUGCCAGCACAUUGGCUAAGAAAGUCAGAAACCAAGAGCUGUCCAGCCAAACCCUAGUGCAAGCAUGCAUCGACCGAAUCGAAGAGGUGAAUCCUUUCCUGAACGCAAUAGUCGAGGACCGAUUCGAAGAGGCGCUGGCAGAAGCGAAGAAGUGCGACGCGAUGCUGAAGAGCGGAGAAGUGAACGCUGUCACGCUCGAGAAGGAGAAGCCGCUUUUCGGCGUGCCCGUCACCAUCAAAGAGAGCUUGAGCCUGAACGGUAUGAGCUGCGCAGGUGGCAACUUGGCUAACGAAGGUCGAAAAGCUCCUAAGAACAGUUCAAUAGUAGACAUGGUGUUGAACGCUGGAGCGAUUCCAUUGUGCGUUACCAACACAUCGGAGUUAUGCUGUUCCAUUCACAGCUCGAACGUUCUAACUGGAGUGACGAAGAAUCCAUAUGACACCAGGCUGUCCCCUGGAGGAUCCUCGGGCGGAGAGGGAGCAUUGCUUGCUAGUGGAGGGUCUGUGCUCGGCUUCGGCUCGGAUUUACUCGGUUCCAUAAGAGUACCUAGCCUUUUCAAUGGCGUCUUUGGUCACAAACCUAGUCCGGGAAUAAUUUCGAACGAGGGACAUUUUCCCUAUUCCACUGACCCUACGUUCAUGAAGAUGCUGGUUGUUGGGCCGAUGGCGAAGCACGCUACGGACCUCCGGUUUGCUAUGAAAAUCCUCACGCCGAACUUGAGCCAGACGUUACGUUUGGACGAGCCCAUCAACCUGAAAACUAUCCGAGUAUUUUACCUGGAGCAGUUCGACAGUAUCUGCGGCAUAAACGACACCACGCAGGACAUAAAGGACAAGAUCAAGGACGCUGUGCGACACCUGAAAGGGAUCGGGGUGCACGUGGAAGAACUGCCGCAAGAUUACGUGAAGAAUAUGUACUUGCAGUUCAUGGCUACCUUCGGCGAUAUCAAAUUUCCUACUGUGGUGGAGACCCCGAAAGGUGACAUGGCAGCCCCGUCGGUGGUCGAGUAUCACAAGGGGUGGUUUGGAUUAUCAAAGUAUUCGGCACAAUUGUCGUUAACCAGGAUGGUAGUGGAAGCAAAUGGAUUCAUGUCGUCGCAAGAUGUACAGGAAGUGCUUGCAGAAAGAGAGAUCCUUCGUAAAAAGCUGGACACUCUGCUGGAUGAACGUACCGCAAUUAUAAUGCCGACGUACGCGCAACCCACGACCUACCCUGCAGAAAUUGUCCUGCAAACUGAUUGUGCAGUGUACUGCGCGUUCUGCAAUUUUAUGUACUGUCCAGCGACCCACGUACCAAUGGGAUUGAACGAAGACGAUCUACCUGUUGGAUUCCAGGUGGUGGCUGCCUGCAACCAAGAUCGUAUUUGUCUAACAAUUGCUGAAGAAUUAGAGAGAGCUUUCGGUGGCUGGGUGCCACCCCCUAGUUGAAUCAACGUUUCAACACGUUUUAUGAUUUUUAAUCGGACUGAAUUCAAUUUGUUUAUAAUAUAAAUGAAACAGGGGUUUGUUUCAGACGAAACAUAGUGUAUAGAAAUCAUUUUCAUUGACAAGUACACGGGAAUCAUAAAAAAACAUGAACAUCAUAAAAACGCACCGGAAGCUUCAAAUUACAAUUGUAAUGUUCAUACUAGGAUAGUGAAGAUUAUGUAAUUAUUUGGUAAUUGAAUAAAGACUACUUGGAUUAAUUGAUGUCGAAAA